UGCGUGUGGGGGAGGUUCGGGGGUGUCCGGGUGCCAGGCAGAGCCCUGAGGCGUCCCCUUGUCCCUGCAGGCAGCUACUUCUGCUACGACAACCCGGCCGCUCUCCAAACGCAGGUUCAGCGGGACAUGAAGGUGAACACAGCCCAGUUCAUGGCACUCUAUGCCUGGUACUCCUGGCCCAAUGUGGUGCUGUGCUUCUUUGGAGGUUUCCUGAUAGACAGAGUGUUUGGAAUCCGGUUGGGCACUGUCAUAUUCAGCAUCUUUGUGUGUGUUGGGCAGGUGGUGUUUGCUCUGGGAGCUCUGUUCAACACCUUCUGGCUGAUGGAAGUGGGCAGGUUCAUUUUUGGGAUUGGUGGUGAGUCCUUGGCCGUGGCCCAGAACACGUAUGCAGUGAGCUGGUUCAAGGGCAAGGAGUUAAACCUGGUGUUUGGAUUGCAGCUCAGCAUGGCCAGAAUUGGGAGCACGGUGAACAUGAAUAUUAUGGGAUGGAUCUACUCCAGAGUUCAGGAUCUCCUGGGCUCUGCUGGUCCCAGCACCCUCGGCCUGGCUCUGCUCAUAGGUGGAGUCACUUGUGUGUUCUCACUGAGCUGUGCUUUAAUCCUGGCUUACCUGGACAGGAGAGCAGAGAAAUUGCUGUGUAAGGAGCAGGGGAAAACAGGAGAAGUGAUCAAGCUGACUGAUGUGAAGGAUUUCUCCUUGUCCUUGUGGCUCAUCUUUGUCAUCUGUGUCUGUUACUACGCUGCAGUUUUCCCUUUCAUUGGCCUUGGGAAGGUUUUCUUUAUUGAAAAAUUCCGAUUUUCCCCUCAAGAAGCCAGUGCAAUUAACAGCAUCGUGUACAUCAUCUCAGCCCCCAUGUCCCCAGUGUUUGGGAUUCUGGUGGAUAAAGUUGGCAAGAACAUCAUCUGGGUGCUGUGUGCUGUGCUCACCACGCUGGGCUCCCACAUCCUGCUGGCCUUCACCUUCUGGAACCCCUGGAUAGCCAUGUGCCUGCUGGGUGUGGCCUAUUCCCUGCUGGCCUGUGCCCUGUGGCCCAUGGUGGCCUUCGUGGUCCCUGAGCACCAGCUGGGAACUGCCUAUGGCUUCAUGCAGUCCAUCCAGAACCUGGGCCUGGCAGUGAUUGCCAUAGCAGCUGGAAUGAUCCUGGACACCAGGGGAUACCUGUUCCUGGAGGUGUUCUUCAGUGCCUGCGUUUGCUUGUCACUGAUAGCUGUGGUCAUGCUGUACUUUGUGAAUCACCUCUCAGGUGGUGAUCUCAACUGGUCUGCAAAGAAAAGGGCAAAACUGCAAAAAGCAGCUGCUUCUGAGGAAGUCCGGGGGCUUGGGGAGCCCCAGGGACUCCAGGCCGGGCUCCUGCGCCGCUGGGAUUUGCUUCCCCUCCCUCUGGGAAUUUCGGUCAUUACGAGAUCUCAAGGUGCCAGGAGCCAGAAAUGCGGGACAGGGCUGGAACAUCCCGGAGGGGAUGGCCCGGAGAUGAUUCAGGUUUUCCUGAAGAAAUGGGGUGAGGUCUUUGGAGGCUUUUUCUGUGUUUCCAUGGAAUGGCCACUCCUGGAAAACCUGAGGAAUGUCUGAGAUGGGAAUUCCUAUUUCCAGGUAGGAAAUAGAGGCAGGGAGAUAUUCAGGGGGAGCAGAAAUUCUGUCCCUGCCCGGAGAAAAGCUGGAAAACCCUGGAAUUGUCCAAGGCCAGGCUGGAUGGGGCUUGGAGCAGCCUGGGAUGGGGAAGGUCCCUGCACAGGGGAUGGGAUCCAUGGGAUGGGAUGGGAUCCAUGGGAUGGGAUGGGAUCCAUGGGAUGGGAUGGGAUCCAUGGGACGGGGUCCAUGGGAUGGGACGGGGUCCAUGGGAUGGGACGGGGUCCAUGGGAUGGGAUGGGAUCGAUGGGACGGGAUCGAUGGGAUGGGAUGGGAUCCAUGGGAUGGGAUGGGAUCGAUGGGAUGGGAUCCAUGGGAUGGGAUGGGAUCCAUGGGAUGGGAUCGAUGGGAUGGGAUCCAUGGGAUCCAUGGGAUGGGAUCCAUGGGAUGGGAUGGGAUCCAUGGGAUCCAUGGGAUGGGAUCCAUGGGAUGGGAUGGGCCCCAAAAUCCCAAACCAUUCCAUGAUUCUCUGCUGAAAAAAAGAAAAAAAAAAAAAAAAAAAAAGGAAUUAGUGUGGCCUGAAGCUUCCUGAGAGCACUGGAAAAACAAACCCCCCCCUCACAUCUGAGGGAAAUAAAGCACCGGAAUGAUCCCAACAAAUGACAAUAAUUGUGCCUGGCAGCAUGUGGUGAUUUAAAAUGGAUUGAUCUGACGAUCCUGAAAGAGGAAUAAACAACAACCAUCUCCUGGCAGGGGAACGCUGCUCCCCUUCGUUGUGCCUGGGUGUCCAUUACUGCUCAUAAACCCCUGCCAAAAUCAGCCCGGGGGGGGCGGGAAGGACCGGGGAAUUCGGGAGUUCAUUCCCAAGGAACGGGACAUUCCAGGGGAACAUUCCCAGCACCCGUUAAAAGUGGGAACGCGCUGCCCCCAGCCCUGGGAUGGGGGCUGGGCUCAGGCUGGAUUUUGUGUCCCUGAUUUCCCGGGGCCUGGCGGGGCCGGAGCCAGGAUUGUGCGGUGUCCCCACGGGCAGGGAUGGAGCUCGGGCACAUCCUCGGGUCUGCUCCCGGGAAAUCCCAGAGCAAAACUCCCGUGGGAAGCGAGGGCACAGCAGGGACCGGGGCUGCCUGUGCGGUUUUGCCUGUGCCUCGAUUUCCUGGGGCUGGAUGUGCUCUGAUCCGGGCUGGUCCAGGCUGAUCCAGGCUGAUCCAGGCUGAUCCAGGAGAUCCAGGCUGAUCCAGGCAGAUCCAGCUGAUCCCGGCUGAUCCGAGUGAUCCAGGUGAUCCAGGCUGAUCCAGGUGAUCCAGGCUG